CGGCCCAUGCACUAUUAUAUGUGUACGUGUAUCUUGUAUAACGUUCUGUACACUCAUCCAUAUUCUGCCGCCGGAAGUGAACACACAGCGCAACGUACUGUCCGUGACGUCAGAGUGCGGAGCGAUGGGGAGUGACGUGAGAGCGUGAUGACGUCGCGCUGUGAGGCAGAGAUAAUGAAUGAGAUGACAGGCAGAAGGAGAGAGGGACAGAUGACAGCGGACAUUUGAUUGAUCCGUGGAUUUACUGAUUGAUCAAUGAUCAGACUGAGAUCAUCAUCGGACCUGUGAGCUGAUGGAGGCGGAUAUGAUGUUUUUCCACAGCACGGACGGGUGGAUGUGAUUUUUAACUGUGGAUCUAUUUGAAGGUUGGAGAUUUGAGGAUUUUUCUUGUGUUUUGUGCAGGAAUCUGUCAGAAUCCCACACAUACCCACAUCAUGUCGGACUGAAAGACACUCGAGAAAACAGCGACGAAUUAACACGGACAUAUUAACAGAAGAGAAGAGCACGCGCCAGCAAAAUGGGUGAGCAGCCGAUCUUCAGCACCAGAGCUCACGUCUUCCAGAUCGAUCCCAGCACCAAAAAGAACUGGGUGCCUACCAGCAAACACGCUGUUACUGUGUCGUACUUCUACGACAGCAACCGCAACGUCUACCGCAUCAUCAGCCUGGAUGGGUCAAAGGCCAUUAUCAACAGCACCAUCACUCCUAACAUGACGUUCACCAAGACUUCACACAAGUUUGGUCAGUGGGCCGACAGUCGGGCCAACACCGUGUACGGCCUGGGAUUUUCCUCCGAGGCUCAUCUGAGUAAAUUUGCUGAGAAGUUUGUGGAAUUUAAAGAAGCGGCGAGGUUAGCAAAGGAGAAAUCUCAGGAGAAGAUGGAGUUAACCAGCACACCCUCACAGGAAUCGGCCACAGACCUUCAGUCUCCCGUGACUCCCGAGAGCAUCAACGGAACGGAUGAGCGCGUGACACCCGACGCGGCGUUUAACGCUGAGAGCCGCCCGGAACCCAACGCUGUACCGUUCCCUCACAGCUCCACAUCCAUCACCAAACACUGGGAGGCGGAGCUCGCCGCUCUGAAGGGAAAUAACGCCAAACUGACGGCAGCGCUGCUGGAAUCAACCGCCAACGUCAAACAGUGGAAACAGCAGCUGGCGGCGUAUCAGGACGAGGCAGAGAGACUCCACAAACGAGUGACGGAGCUGGAGUGUGUUAGUGCACAAACUAGCGGCAUCAAAACUCAGAAAACAGAACUAAACCAAACCAUCGAGGAGCUGGAGGCCGAACUCAAGGCUAAAGAGCAGGAAUUAGAGAAGUUGAAGGAAGAAGUUGAAAAUGCCAACCAGCUUCAGACACAGAAGGAUUCGCUCGCUCAGAAGUUAGAGGAGAGAGAGUUGAGGAACGCCGAGUUAGAGGCUCAACUGUCCGAUCUGGAGCAGCGUCUGGAGAACAGCCAGCUGGAGGGCGAGUCGUUCCGGAAGAGUCUGCGCUCGCUGCUCGAUCUGCUGGACGGGAAAAUCUUUGAGCUGACGGAACUGCGAGACGCUCUGGCCAAACUCAUCGAGAGCGACGGCAGUUAAACAAACACACACACACACAUGUAGAGCUACACACAUAUUCACUACAUCAGAACAUCAUGGAUAUCAUCAGAGCGAGAGCUGCUGUGAUCAUUUCAUUUGACACACACACACACACACACACACACACACACACACACACACACACACACACACACACACACAUUACACACACAUACACAUUACAACAGUGUGUAGACACACACACACACACACACACACACACACACACAUACACAUUACAACAGUGUGUAGACACACAAACACACGCACGCACACUACAACACACAGACGCUAAGUUUGACAGACACAAAAACACACCAUGAAAUUCACAGACACACACUGAAGUUCAUAAACAGACAAUGAGGUUCACAGAUAUGCAGACACACACUAAAGUUUACAGACACAUAAACACACACACACCAAAGUUUAAAAACAGACAGUGAGGUUCACAGACACACAAUGAAGUUCACAGACACACAAACACACACUGAAGUUCAUAAAAAGACAAUGAGGUUGACAGACAUACAAACACACAUUGAAGUUCACAGAUACACACUAAAGUUCACAGACACACACUAAACUUCACAGACACAUAAACACACACUGGAGUUUACAGACACACAAACAUUUGCGGCACAUUUUAAUGCGUCUGCCAUGAAGGAAAUGCUGAGCUACUGACCACGGCAGAUUUGGAAGUUUCAUUAUUUUGUCACAUUAUUUCAGAAUCAGGAAAAUGAUGAUGUACUUUUGUCCUGUUUGCACACAGAGGUACAGAAAUGACACAAGAAUCAGUGUUGAUUAUGAAGAUGGAACUUUGAAUUGAAAGGUUUGAUUGACAGCUUAUAUCUGGACCCAUGCGGCACAGUGUCCAAACUGUAAACAGAUCGUGAUGGAUCGAUCAACAAAUGUGUGGAAUUUUAUUUAGUGAACCGGAACAUUCACUGGAAAGAAAAAACAUCCUGCAACUCUUCCAUUAAUAAACUUCCACAAUCUGAGCAAUACAAGAGAAACUAUGAACUUCAGUCACACUAUCAGGUAUUUUACAUGACUCUUUUCUGAGACAAACACGCAUUACACACACAUACGCACCCUCUUUCCUUUCUAAACACUUUUUAAACAUUAAAGUAUGACACAUUUAUAGUGCACUUGUCUAAAGGGCCGUUAUCAGACAUUGAGAUGAAAUUACGGUUUGUUCAUUUGUUUUGUUGUUUUGUUUUUGAAGUGCAAUGCUUUACUUGAUACCGUACGAUUACUGGUUAUUUAUUGUAAAGAAAUUAUAUAUAUAUAUAUAUUCUAAUCACAGUGGCUGCAUCAAUUCAAGGUAUUGGUUUUCACUUUUCCUCUUUCUUAUUUUUAUUAUUGGCUAUGUGGACAUACGGUUGUUGUUUUUAAUGUGUGUGUGUGUGUGUGGGGAGGGGGGAACUGGCAAUAUUUUUGAAGAGAAUUUAAAAGGGAAACAUAAACUCUAUCACUUGAUUUUGCAGAGAGAUUAUUUUCCUCUCUUGUACAGGUGAAGUCGCCUUUGUUACUGGCAGCUGGUUACUGGGUGACACUAUUGCCAAAAACCAGUGAUCCUGUGUGAUGAUUUAUUCAUGUAUAUGUGAAGAAUUUUAAGGGCUUUGCAGCAGGUAGUUUUUGACACACUGACUGGGCGGCUUUAUUAUCAUCAUGACAACAUUUGAGAGCCUCAGUAAUUUCAAAUAUUGAUGAUUUAACAUGCUGAAACACACAAUUGUAAUUCUGAGUUUAUAGUAAAAUUAAAGAGUAAAAUGUU